AUGUGGAAGGCGGCAGGAGAUGCGGCAAGGGCGGCCGGGCGCUUCGCCCGGCGCCAUCGGCGAGCCAUCGUCGUAGGUGGAGUGGUGGGAGCGGCUGCUUGCGUCUACCACAGCAUGAAGAGGGCGCUGAGGGAGGCCGAGGACGAGCACGCGGCCAUGCUGGUUCAGGCGGGACGCGAUGCGAGGAGGAGGCAGUGCAUGUCCAGGACCCGUGGGGAGUGCGUUGCCGCCCUGGCCAACUUCCUGCCAGCCCUGAGAAAACGCCUCUUUCUUGCUGUUGAUGUCACCGGUCCGGUCCGAGAGCUGAAAGCUCUCAGGACUGGGAUGACGGGAGCUACUGCAGCGGCGGCAGCGGCGGCGGAUACGAAGGAUGGAGGGGCAGGGGGCGGCAACGGUAGCAGCAGCAGCGGCAGCGGGGGGGGCGGGAGCGCGGUCGCCGACGGUUCGGCGGCGGCAGAGGCGGAAGAUCUACAGUCUCGUGAGGUGGAGCUGUGGGAGCAGGUGAAAGUGACGGCGUUAACUCGACUGGUGGUGUCCCUGUACGCGUUCAACGCCCUCGCGCUCAUGCUGCACAUGCAGCUGCACAUUCUCGGGAGGCUCUCUCUCGAGGAAUCGCAGGAGCUGCUGCUGCGAACGAGCAACGACGACGACAUCACCCCCGGCAGCAGCACCGAAACCGCCGCAAGCUUGCCCCAUGGAAACCCGGGGACGAUGUCGUCCCCAUCCCCCCUCACCACCACCACACGGAACGGCGUACCAGCUCCGCCAGCGGCGGUGAGGCUGGGAGCGGGAGCUUCUGAUUGGUCGGGGGGCGCGGUGACGGCGGGGCUCGCGCUCUCAAUGGAGGGGCGGCACUCGCUGCUGUCUGCGACAUAUGAGCACGUCCUGGGGGAUGGCCUGAGGACCCUGGUCCGGGACGUGGAGCGCGCGGUGUCGAGGUGCACGUGCAGCUGGAAGGCGCACACUCGGCAGCAAGUGGAGUUCCAAGACUUGGUAGCAGUCAUCCGCAGGGUGCGGCGAGAAGUGGAGGGGCCGAUAGGGGGCUCCGCGUACUACGGCGGAGGAGGCGACUUUAACGGGGUAGGGGGUGCAGUGGGGGAGGGGCUUGGGAGAUCGUCUGGCAUAAGGCACGCCUUGCUGCUGCGGUACAUCAUCAAUCCUUCGGACGGUAUCGGCGGCAUUGCAGCAGCAGCGACGACCGCAGCACCAGCCCCCACCAACGACACCACCUUGGAAGGCGUCAUCGUCAACGGUAGCGUCACCGAUACCGCCAGCGCCGGCAGCACGGCGGGGGGUAGGAAUGGUGGCGUCUCCUCUCUCGGCGGUGGCGCCGGUGUGGGGGGCACCGCCAGUGGUACGCUUUUGCAGGGGGUGGGGGAGGUGCUCAACGAGACGUGGGACACUGCGGAGAGCCCCAACUUCGGGGCGGCGCUACAGGCAAGGCAACCGGCAGCCCGAAAAACGCUCUACUUGACAGUGUGGAACACCUAUGUAUUGUUCCGAGACACUUCCCUGGGUCUGAAGUUGUCGACAGGUGUCGUCGAAGUGAGCUGCCUCGACGCCACGUUCGGCAUGGUCUACGAGCAGCUUAGGCAGAAGGCGUUUUGCCGGGGGUCUACCACCGGCGGCGGGAGGCGGCAGCAUAGGGGGGUGGCCGCCGCCGCCGCCGGCAGCGAGGAUGUGGGCGGAGGGCGAGCCGCGGGACUCCCUUCUGAACCCACGGCCCCCCCUUCUGAACCCGCAAGCGCAACAACGGGACCAGCGGCGGGCACCUCCGGUGACAGUGGAGGACUACCGGCCGGGGUAGCUGCAGCGCAUGCUGCGGGAGGAGGCGGCGCGGUUGGUUUUGUCGCCGCUGCGCCUGCUGUGGCAGAGAGAGAAGAGUCCGCGCAGGUCCUCGCCACCGUGAUCUCUCAAGCCAAGCUGGUCGUCAGCGAGAUCCUGGAAGCUUCCCCGGGCAACGAGUACGCCCAAGCGGUGGCCUCUCUCCCCUCCGUCCAAGACUUGUGCUUCUCGGUGUUCUCCGGUGGGGCGGCCACAGCAUCAGCGGGGGGGACGCAGCUGUACAACAACCCUACUGCUGCUGCUGCUGCUGCUGCUGCGGGACCCCGUGUCAUCUCCUCCCCUAGCCCGAACGCUGCUGUGCGUAGUGAGGGUGGCGUUGGGGAUCGUGGCCUCCCUCCUCAAGACCCGCUGCGUGUGGGAAGCGCCGGAGGGUUCGGAGGAGGCGGUGUUGGUGUCGGCGGGGGCGACAGCAGCGGGCUGCUGCUGGGCGCCGCCGCUGCCAGACGACCCGCUCGAUGACGUCACACAGGCUUGAUGACGGAUUUUUCAACCGGCUCGAUGACGUCGCAGGGCUCGGCGACAAUUUUCAACAGGCUCCAUGACGUCACGCACGAGGUUGGUGACAUUUUUCAACCGUCUCGAUGACGUCACAGGGGCUUGGUGACGGGUUUUUUCAAGGGUACGUUGCACAGGUGGAGAUGAACCAGUGUUGUUCAGAGUGACACGCACAGCACAGUUCCCGCCACCGGCCGCCGUCGCAACAACGAGACUGGCGCGCAGCAGCGAAUUGGGUGGCUGGCAGCCUCGCGUGGAGAUCGCAGUGGAGCUUGCAGUACGACAUGUUUUUCUAGCAAGCGUACGAAGUCGGCGUUGCCAAAUCCCGAACCCCUUUUUUUGUUCUUGGCGUUAGGCUUCAAGUUUGAGAGUUCGCUGCUGGGGAAGGUUAGGCCUACGAGAGCUCUCGACAUCCCAUGGAACCGCAUUCUUCGGCCGGUUUCCCAGCGUCUGUUUGGAAAACCGGUUCGCUUGUGGUGAAGUGUACUCGUGCAAACGCAUGCCGUAGUCGUUAGACCAUUCACGUGGCAUCCCUACAAUGCCGAGACGGUUCGCUUGAGGUGGUGGGAGGUUAUCAUGGGUCAGCAGGGGGCAUCGUAGACGAAACUUUGUAGUACCACACGUUUUUGAGUCGUGGGGGCUGCCUUGUGAGAGAGUUUUCGUUUCGGAGGUGAACCUGUAGGGAGGCCGAGGUAAUUGUAGUUGUAGAGCAUCGAUCGGUCUAGUUGUACAAGUACCUAUUAAGUAGCUUAACUUGUUGGGAAGCGACUACAUCUCUCAGCCUUUCGUCUUGAUUCAUCGCCAUUUUGCGUGAUUUGACCGGUAGCAACAAGCCUUGAUUGUGAUCAGUUGGAGAGCGGGGCCAAGUGUAUGCUCCGGGGGGAUCUCUUCUGUUUAUGGUCCAUCCCGCAUGUGCCACUGCCGUGCCCGCACCUGUCCAUACACCAGACACCACCUUCCAUCGAGGGUUUACCCUUCCUUCUCUUUGUU